AUGAUGGCCUACUUCUGGCUUCUUCUUGCAAUCAUCGCAUGCCAGUCCGGAUCUUCUACCUCACCGUAUCCAAUGAGCUGGGAUUUCCUUGAUGUUGGUGUUAUGACUCAAGAUUAUUGGUAUUCAUCUCAAUUCCCCAAGUACACCAACAAUGGUCUGAAACCGAUUGCGUUCCCUUCAACAAACAAAAGUGCUGACUAUACCAGCCAGACUUGGAUGGAUCCAUGCUAUGACCGCUACUAUGCCACCCCUGAUGCUUCACUGGUUGUGUUCUGGAAUAUCGACGAAGAAAUGUUCUGUGAAGUGUUGGUGCGGCUACCACGGACCAUAACAGGUCCAGUAACUUACCCAGCAAAGUAUUUGUUCCGCCUGGAACAAGGAGGUACGAGAUGUCCAAGAGUUUAA